CAGAAAACAAGCCCAGGACUAGAACCUCCUACAGCACCAGCAGAAGAACCCAGACCAGCAGACAGUAUGCAGUGCGUCCGUUGUCCCGCCGUUUUGGUUGUCGUGGCAUUGGUUCUGUGCGGCCCCGGUGUUUCCUCACAGGCCGACAGAGAGCGGGACCAGGAGCAGUACCAGGACCAGGACCUGGACCUUGAGCUGCGUCACCAUCGGCUGCUGCAACGAGCCCGCAGCGCCGGACUCCUGUCACAGGACUGGAGUAAGCGUGCGGUGGAAGAACUGCUGGCUCAGAUGCCUCUGCCCGCCAACUCCGCCCAGCGGGAGGCUGAGGUCGUUUCCAUGGCAACGGGAGGGAAGAUGAACCUGGAGCGGUCCGUCGACCCCCCCAACAACCUGCCCCCUCGUGAACGCAAAGCCGGCUGCAAGAACUUCUACUGGAAGGGCUUCACUUCCUGUUAAAGCCCCGCCCAGCUGACCAACCGGCCGAUCACCUGACCUUCCCCUCUGCGAUUGGAUGGACCAAUCACCAGCUGUCUGGCUGCACUGUACCUGAAUAAUUUAUGUAACUAUCAAUAAAAAGAGAAAUCAGUCAA